AUUCCCACUACUCAAUCAAUUGAACAAAUCACAAAAGAGAAAAAAAAAACCCAAUGAAGAUCUUCAAUUGGGUGCAUCGCAAAUUUCAUCAAAAAGAUGGGAGGAAAGAUAUUGAUGAACUAAAGAUUAGCAAUGAAAUUAUUGGUCAUCAUGACACACAAAUUCUUCUUCAAGAUGCCUCAUUUGCACAUAUGUUAGACAUUUGGAAUGGAGGACUACUUACAAUUGGCACAUUUGGAUUUGAUCCACUCAUGAAAAAUGUUCAAGAUCAACAAAGUGUCAUAGACAUUGAAUCCCUAGAGGAAGAGGAAGAAUUAGAAGAAGAAGAAUACUAUUCAGUGGAAAAUGAAAUUCAAGAAUGUGAAAUUCCAUUUAAUGAUCAUGAGGGAAUUAAUGAAGAAUUGUACCCUUUAAUAUAUGCAAAUAUUGGAGAUGAAAUGAUUUAUAAUGAGGACAUUAUUGAGUCAAACAACAACUCAUCUACUGAUCAGACCAAUACUAAGAUGAUGAAAAAAGAAAGGAUCACUCUAGCAGAUUUGUUCUCUGCUGAUUCUGAUCAUCAUCACCGUAAGGCAGAUCGUCGUUCUGCAAACAAAAUUACAGAGUCAGACAUUUUCACUAAAAAGUCUAAUUCGUCUCCACAAGUCAAAAAUGGACUUUCUUUCGCCAAAAAGCUCAUUCCACGUGUCAAGGACGAGCCGAUCCAAAAGCUACAAAAAUUGAUGACGAAAGUGUUGAAAAGGAAGGUUCAUCCAGAUAUUGAAACCAAAUUGGGCAAAAACAACAGUCAAGUGAAAGCAGGUAGCAUGCUUGGUCUUUCAUGCGUUAAACACGUCAGGGUUGAAUCAUCUGUUUCUCUUCUCCUAACUGAUCAAGAUCUCACGGCCUAAGCUGACCUAUUCCAAUUCAAUUACUUGCUUUCAUUGGCUUGGGGAUGAAAUGAAUGAAUUAAUAAUGUUUGUAAGAUUAUUGUUUUAAUUGUUUGUAAAAUUUUCAAUAUUGUGAACAGCAAGAUCAUGUGAUCCUGUUAUUUUUCAUGGCUUUUGGCCUGUGUCGUGUGUGACAAAAAGGUUUUAAUAUUGGUGUUGAAUUUAGGGUUUGA